AUGUGGCCAGCGGCCAGCGGCUAUGCACGGGCUGCAGAGACGGACGCGGAUACGGACGCGGAGCGCGCGCUCGGUACCGCCCAGACGGAUACGUCAAGCCUUGGCUAUGGACUCCCUUCGACUCUGGCACAGACGCGCUCGUCGCUCGAUGUGAUUGGGAGCGGUGUGCGGUCGUUGAGCAGCGCGCUGCCGCCGUCAUGGGAUGCCGAGCAGCUGCCAGACUGGCUUCGCCGCGGCGCGGGCGUGUUUGAAGGCACAGUGAACAUGGCAAACAGCAUUUUGGGCGCUGGCAUUGUCGGCUUGCCGUACUCGAUGCGCGAGUCUGGGUUCGUUGCGGGGCUUGUCUUGCUGUGUGGCAUCGCGCUGCUCACAGACUGGACGAUCCGCUUGAUUGUGCUGAACGCGAAACUCAGCGGGCGAAAUACGUACAUCGAUAUCAUGCAGCACUGUUUCGGGCAGAAUGGCAAAAUCGCCGUGUCCAUCUUCCAAUUCGUGUUUGCAUUCGGCGGGAUGUGUGCGUUUUGCGUCGUCGUCGGCGAUACCAUUCCUAACGUGAUCAGCAGUGUGGUCCCGGCACUGAAAGACACAUUCCUGAGCAACCGGCAGUUUGUUAUUUUUGUGUGCACCAUGGCCAUUAGCUACCCGCUGUCGUUGUACCGCAAUAUCGAAAAUCUGAGCAAGGCGAGUGCAAUUGCGCUCUUGUCCAUGGUGUUUAUUAUUAUCGCGGUCGUCGUGCGUGGACCUGCAAUGCCUGCAGAGCUCAAGGGAGAUGCUGCGCUGCGCCUUACUUUUGUUCACCCGUCCAACCUGAUACGGUCCGUUUCGGUGAUUAGCUUUGCAUUUGUGUGCCACCACAACUCGCUGCUCAUCUACGGCAGCUUGAAGGAGCCCAGUAUGGACAAGUUCAAGGUGAUUACGCACUACUCUACACUCAUUUCCGCCGUCGCUGCCAUUUCCAUGUCGAUCGCUGGGUACUGGUCGUUUGAGAACAAGACCUUGUCCAAUGUCCUCAACAACUUUCCCGAGUCGGACGUAGUCGUGAACAUUGCGCGGUUUUGUUUUGGACUCAACAUGUUCACCACACUCCCGCUCGAAUGCUUUGUCUGCCGCGAAGUGUUUGAGACGUACUUUUUCCAGGGCGAGUACGAAAAAAAGCGGCACAUUGUCAUUACCACCGCAUUGGUGAUCGGCGCCAUGUUUAUCUCGCUGCUCACGUGUGAUCUCGGGAUCGUCUUGGAACUGACAGGAGGACUCAGCGCAACCGCACUCGCAUUUCUCUUCCCUAGCAUUUGCUACUUGAAACUCAGCCACGACGCAAGCAAGGUCGACCGCGCCGCAUUGUCUUUUGCUUUUACAUCCGAGCCCGACGAACUGGACGAGGCGAUGCUCGAGCCAGACGACGAAAGCACACCGAGCAUCGAAGCAGAAAAUAUCGCUCUCCCGCUACGCCCAGGCGCAAACGCACACCAGCGGGAACCGCUGCAAAAAUUCAUGUGGUGGGAGUCGACCAAACUGCUCAGCAUCGCUUGCGCCGUGUUUGGGCUCGUCGUGCUCGUCGUGUCCACCAUCACAGCAUUGUCUAGCAUCUUUUCAGGUCGCGCUGGUUCUACCACCCAAUGUUCAUGA